CGUUGACUAUAAUUAAACACCGUCCAGUUUAUCUAUGUUGUGAACAAUAUUUGAACAGAUUGGUUUUAAAUUUUGAAUAAAACUGGGGAAAAAUAAAAAAAUUGUAAUAAGUUAACAAAUAAAAAAAUAACAAAUUCUGCUGACUUUAGUAAACUACAAUGGCUAGACAAAGGAAAAUCAUUCAAGAGAGUGCAAAAUCAGAAAGAGGCACUCGGAGUAGCAGUAGCAAUGGAAGUACCUCACCUAGUACCAAAACUAAACAAAAAAAAACAAUUUUUUCCUAUUGGAAGCAAAUAAUUGUAGCUAUAGUUACCGGUAUUGCUAUUUGUUUUGGAUACAUUGGCUAUCUUGAGACACGAGUCAAUACACCAUUUGAUGAUCAAAAAGUUGCAAAAAAUUCUUUAAAUGUUCCUGAACAAUUUUGGGGUUCCUAUAGGCCUGGACUUUAUCUUGGCUUUAAGACAAGAGAUCCUCACUCAAUGGUAACUGGUUUAAUGUGGUAUUUUCCAAAUAGACUGAAGCCUGGAGGAGAUGGUAUAAGACAUUGGUGUGAACAAGGAGAUAACUUGCAAACAUAUGGUUGGUUACAACAUGAUGGAAUGCAUUUUGGGGUUCAAGAAAUUGAAGAUGUACCGUUUCAACUUAAUACUUCAUUUGUAAAAAGAAGUGGAGGCUCUAAUGGAGGAGACUGGACUGCUAGGAUACAUGCUAAUGUUUUGCCACAAUACAAGGAAGUAGUUGAUAAAAAUGAGGAGAUUUCUUUAAUUUGGUAUGCUGCUCUGGACACUGAGACUGGUGGUUUUAUAGCCCCAACUAAUUCAGGCACUGAUAUUACAGGAAUAAGGGGAUCUACCACAAAUUUAGGAGAUUUCAGCAUAAAACUCUUUAGGCACCAAGGAGAAAUACAGCAUGAAUCAUUUGUGAGCGUUGUGACUCCAGGAUUGCAUUUGCUCAAGGAAACUGUGACAUCUUCCUUAAGGCUUUCCCAGGAGAGCACGGACUCCCAACGAAAAAUUAUCCUUGGUGGAGAUUUAAUACGUGGUGAAAAUAAGCAAGCCAAUUUUGUGGCCAUACAAGUAACAGCAAAAUUACCAUUUAUACUGGAUGUGGCAUUUGAGUCCCAUAGUUAUAUUGAACGAGACAAAUCUCUAAUAGGUAAGGCCUACACUAAUGCCCUUCAGUGGCAUCAAAGUAGGUUUAACCAGCGAUUUGAAGAUACAUUUGGUUUGAAAAAGAAAGGUUAUGAUGAGAGAGAAAUUAAAUUUGCAAAAGCUGCUCUAAGCAAUAUGGUUGGAAGUAUAGGCUACUUCUACGGUUCUUCCUUGGUCCAAAGCUUUUACACAAAGGAACCUGUUAAUUAUUGGAAAGCCCCACUCUUUACAAGUGUUCCUUCAAGGAGUUUCUUCCCUAGGGGAUUUCUAUGGGAUGAAGGAUUUCAUGGCCUCUUAAUUUCACAGUGGGACUUAGAUCUGGAGCUGGACAUAAUGAGUUAUUGGUUUGAUUUACUGAAUGUUGAAGGUUGGAUUCCAAGGGAACUUAUAUUGGGAGCUGAAGCAGUAGCUAAAGUUCCACAAGAAUACAUGGUUCAAUGGAACACAAAUGCAAACCCUCCAACAUUUUUUUUGACGUUACAGUCAAUUUUAGACAAAUAUGAGCAGGACCUUAGCAAUGAACGUCUAGCGCUUCUGGAAAGAUUAUUUCCAAGGCUUCAAGCCUGGUUUUUGUGGUUUAAUUCAACCCAGCGAGGCCCUCUGCCAGGUAGCUAUAGAUGGCGCGGGCGUGAUCCAUUGACAAAUAGAGAACUAAAUCCAAAAACUAUGGCAUCUGGAUUGGAUGAUUUUCCUCGAUCUUCACAUCCUACUGAUUUAGAAAGACAUAUAGAUUUAUAUUGCUGGAUGGCUAUAGCUGCAGACACUAUGGCUCGAUUGGCGAAGCUUUUAGGGCGCGAGAAUUUUGAGAAAUACCAACAGACAAGUGAUUUCUUAAAAGAUAACCGGCGCAUGGACAGUCUACAUUGGUCAAAUUUCUCAGAAAGAUAUGCCGAUUAUGGCCUGCACACCGAUGCCGUCAAAUUGGAAAGGCCAAAAUCUAUACCAAGACAACCAAAUCAAAACUUGGAAAUGGUCAGAGCUGUUUUAAAGCCGCCUGAAUAUCGAUUAGUUGAUACUACCUUUGGAUAUGUUAAUAUUUUCCCUCUUAUUCUUCAAAUAAUCGCACCCGAUUCGCCGAAACUAGAAAAAACGAUUAGAGAUAUGAGAGAUUCCGAGUUAUUGUGGACUAAAUUUGGUUUGAGAUCGCUGGGGAAGACCUCUCCCUUGUACCUUAAGAGAAAUACCGAGCAUGACCCACCAUAUUGGAGAGGUCAGAUUUGGAUCAACAUAAAUUUUUUAGCCUGCCGAGCGCUUUAUCAUUAUUCCAACACCGAAGGACCUUAUAGGGAACAGGCUAAUAAAGUAUAUCAAGAAUUGCGCAAUAAUGUGAUCAACAAUGUGAUAAGGCAAUACUACAAGACUGGCUAUUUGUGGGAGCAAUACAAUGAUAAAACGGGGGAAGGUAGUGGAUGUAGACCUUUUACUGGGUGGACUGCAUUAGUAGUAUUGCUUAUGAGUGAAAAAUAUUAAAUGUUGAGUAAACGAUUCCAAAAUAAAAACAUGUGUUUAUUCCCAUUCAGCAAAUUCCUUCUCAU